ACCCUUCUUCCCUCUCUCUCUCUCUCUCUCUGUCUCUUUUUUUUUUUUUUUUUUUUUUUUCGUUUCUUUAUAUUCUCGUGCUUUGCUAAACGAGAAUAUCUAAUUUAGAUGAUUAUCUUUAAUCGUUAGCGCUAAACCAUACUUAUACCGAUCUAAUUUUGGGUCGUAUUUUUGUUUUUUUGGUUAAAUUGAACGUGUUCUUGAGCUCUGAUUUCGAUCGUUUCUGGAGCUUCGAGUUACUGGCUUUCAAUCGGGAAAAUCGAUAUAAGUUUCCGAUUUCCUGGUGGAUUUUAGAGAUCUGAGCUUUCCUUCUUCUUGGCCGUGAAGAGUGAAAACUUUUCAAUUGCAACUGAUAUGUUUGGUUGGUUCUGCAAUUGGACCGAGUUUGUUUUUUUUGUGGGACUUCGGAGCUCGGAUUAUAGCCUGGGUUGAAUUGAGGGAAGACAUGUUGGAGGGUAGGUGCCUGCUUUCGAGGGCAUUUUCGAGCGCAGAAGCCCAGUGGUCUUGCAUGAGUUAUCGGUUCGAUGUCACAAACGAGAAGCGCCGCCGGGAAAUUGACGGUGAAGAUGAACGUGAAUGUAGACAGAGGAAGUUGUGCGACCCAUUGGAUUAUCGCGAGACGAGAGCCGGAACGCCGAGUGAGCUACAGCAAUCCAAUCAUCGCAGUGAAGGGCGAGGAGUAGAGGGAGGAGGAUCCGAUUACCGGAAUGGAGGAGGAGGGGAUUCUUCAGAUUCGGGUUCGCUUAAUGAAGCAGGAGGAGGAGAUUCUUCGGAUUCGGAUUCCCUUAACGGAGGAGAAGAAGAAAGAGGGGAUUCUUCGGAUUCGGACUCCCUUAUCGAUCCCAUUGGCCGAGACAUUUCGAUCAAAUGCCUCAUUCUUUGCUCCAGGUCUGAUUAUGGUUCCAUUGCCUCUUUGAACCGGAGUUUCCGUUCCUUGAUUCGGAGCGGCGACCUGUAUAAGGAGCGCCGCCAGAACAAUGUGAUCGAACACUGGAUUUAUUUUUCGUGCCACCUCCUCGAAUGGGAAGCAUUUGAUCCGAUUCGUCGCCGGUGGAUGCGUUUGCCUAGAAUGACCUCCAAUGAAUGCUUCAUGUGUUCGGAUAAGGAAUCUUUGGCCGUGGGCACCGAGCUUCUUGUAUUUGGUAAGGAGGUGACGUCCCAUGUCAUCUAUAGAUAUAGUAUUUUGACAAACUCAUGGUCUUCUGGAAUGAGAAUGAAUGCUCCGAGAUGCUUAUUUGGGUCUGCCAGUCUUGGGGAGAUUGCAAUUUUAGCAGGUGGGUGCGAUUCACGUGGAAACAUCUUGAGCUCUGCGGAGCUAUAUAAUUCCGAGACUCAAACGUGGUUAACACUCCCGAGCAUGAAUAAACCCAGGAAGAUGUGCUCCGGGGUGUUCAUGGAUGGGAAGUUUUAUGUUAUUGGGGGAAUAGGGGGAAGCGAUUCAAAGGUUCUAACUUGUGGAGAGGAAUAUAAUUUAGAAACGAAGACUUGGAGAGAAAUUCCUAACAUGUCUCCUGGACGGAUUGGUGCAGUAAGGGAGAACGAGAUGCCUGCUACUGCUGAGGCACCGCCUUUGGUUGCAGUAGUGAAUGAUGAAUUGUAUGCGGCCGAUUACUCUGACAUGGAAGUGAGGAAGUAUGACAAAGAGAGAAAAGAGUGGUAUACAGUGGGGAGAUUGCCUGAACGAGCAGUCUCGAUGAACGGUUGGGGUCUCGCGUUCAGGGCUUGUGGAGAUAGGCUUGUAGUAAUUGGCGGACCUAGGACUUUGGGUGAAGGUUAUAUAGAACUCAACUCGUGGGUUCCCAGUGAAGGCCCUCCACAGUGGGACUUGCUUGCGAGAAAGCAAUUGGGUAACUUUGUCUAUAACUGUGCUGUGAUGGGAUGCUGAAGAGUUGGAUUUUUGCAGUGCCAUGUUUGCUGUGAUUGUGCCUUGCUCGCAAGGAAGUGCAACAAUUGGUUUGCUCUUCGACACGGGAAUCUCGCUAAUUGGUAAUUUUCCCUCCUUUCUUGUUCAGAUCUUUUACCUUUUUGGCUGAGGGAGGAUGGGAAGAAUCUUUGAUUUAACUCAAGAUUCAAUAGAAUGUUUCCUUUGAAGGAGGUCUUGAGUUCUCAAUUUUUUCUUUCAAUUUUAAUGUUUUGUUCCAUUGAAUUUAUAUCUUUCCCCAUUUUUAGUGGCAUGAGAAAUCUCAAAGGUUGGCAUCAUGUAGCACAGGAAUAGAUUCAAUAAUUAAACAUACCAACACUUUGGUAGGUUGUCAUCA